UUUCUCUCUCUGCUAACAACAAACACAAACCUCUCUUCAACUUUUUCUGCAUUCAACAACACAACCAUGCCAAGGAGGACAGUAAGGAAUCCGAAAAGGAAGAAUAGGAGUAUUUCACAGUCUGAGUCAACCAACCUUAACAACCAGUCUGAGUCUUGGGAUUGCCCUGUCUCUGCAAAUACGAAAGUAAAUCCGAAUACUAGGAUGAUUUCCGAUCGCCGCCACUCCUUGAGAUCCUGCAGAAGGCUUAUAGAAGAAACUGGAACAGCAUCCCUGCCAAGAUCUUCAAGAGAAGGUUCUUCUGCCCCUGAUGACAACCAACAGCCUAAUCAUCAAGCCGACACAAUCAAUUCUGCAUAUCAAGUUCCAGAAGAAGGGUUUGAUCAAGUAGAAUCCCCAUCAAGAUACCUAGUAUCAGUUCUUCAUCCUGUCAUAGUGGAACCAGAGUUGGAAAAUGAAGAUGCUGAAGAUGUUGAAAAUUCAAUAGUAGGUACACCAAAGGUGGGGGUAUUAGGUGAGGCUGAAAUUUCAUUGUCCAGUCAUUCAAAUCAAAUAGCUGAACAAAAUACAUUUGAAGCAGAAAGUGUACCUCUUGAGCAGGAGCCAUUGGCAGGGGAAAUUCAAGCCUCACAUAGGUUUGAGGAAGCAACAAAUCGGAAGUGUAUUUCAAGGGAAGGAUGUUCGUCCCCAUCUUUUAGUCUAAAACUAACUGAAAUGGUGGAAAUGUGGGGACAGCAAGCUGAUGAUGGAAUCGAUUCCGAAAUGAGAAGCCGGCCUGAGGAAACGAUUAAUGGAUAUCAAGUGAAGCAGGAAUUCAUGCCCAUAUUAGCAAAAAUAAUCAGCAAGCACGGAGAUAUUGCUAAUAAUUGUUUGACAAAGUCAGUGAAAGGCCGUUCAGCGUUGUUGGAGAUAAUUUGUGGAAUCAUAUCCGAGUUCGAAGACAACAAUCUUAGCAAUAUCAAUGGAUGUGUCUUGGAAGACAGGAUUCGUUUUGUUGGUGGAAUAAAAGAUAUGAAAGUGGAGGUGGAUUGGCUUCACAUGAGGCUAAUUGAGGUACGUGAGGCAAGGGAUAUUCUUAAGAAAUCUGCAGUGCUGAAAGAGAAAACAGAGAGUAAUAGGAAGCUCAUUGAAGAGUCUGAGAAUGCAUUGGAAAAAUGUGAAGCACAAAAGAAAAAAGUGUCCGAAAUGUUGGAAGCAAUAUGUGCUGAAGAAACUGCUUGCAAAGAGAGAUUGGCUAGAGCGAAGGAUGAGUCUACCGCGAUAUCUAUAACAGUUGGGUAUGCCAAAUCUAAAGUUAAGUGCUUUCUGAAAUGCUCAGUGGUUGAUGGUUUGAUUUAGCGAUGCAAUUUCAUCUUCAUGUUUUCUUCAUGGUAGUGGUUUUAGGACUCGCUUAAUGCAUUGUAACUAUUUUGAUUUGAAGUCACUGUUUCCUAACUCAUGCAGCACUUGAAAAAUUACGCAUUGAAUUUGGUUGGAAGUGUAAGAUUAUAGCCAAGUAUUUAUGCAUAGUGAUUUGAAUUUCCAUAUGAAUGGCCUUAUAGAUUUGUUUA